UUUCUCCGCUCAAAUUGUUUUUCAAGGCAGAUCUCAUGUCGAGCCGGUAAUCAAAUCGCUCAUGGGACUCGCUUGUGAUGUCUUGUCUCCUGAUCAUCUUUUAUGCAGAAUCAGUGACUUCUUAUUAUAUUUCUGUUUAUCUUCUUUGUGAUUUUCUGCGUGGGAAGAAUUGCAUACUUUCCGACGCCGCCCAAGCGAACCUCGAGAGCCCAGAAUUUGUUAUUGAAGAGAGUUCAGGGGAUGCGAGGUUCGCUACUGGUCAGUGAAGUGAUAUUUAGAGGUCCUUUGUGAGAGGAGGCACGAAUACACCAUGGCAGUAAUUAGAUCUGCGACCCGAAAAUUGCUGAGCAGUCGAUGCUGGCUCUCGACCACCCUCAACGUGCUUCAUGUCCGCCUUGCCAGCACUUUAGUAGUGGCGGAGCAUGAUGGUGGCAAAUUGAAAGACUCGUCUCUGAGCGCAAUUGCAGCGGCAGGAAGAUUGGGAGAGAGCAGCACAGUAUCAGUCCUUCUCGGUGGCACUGGAUCUACUCUUCAGCAAGCUGCUUCUCAAGCAUCAAAGGCCCACCCAUCCAUCACCAAGGUUGUUGUGGCCGAUAUGAAAAAACUGGACCAUGACUUGGCAGAACCAUGGGCAGAAGUUAUUGUGGCAGCUGUUCGCAGUGACGAGUAUUCACAUGUUGUCACGGCAUCAACGUCUUUUGGGAAGAAUGUUUUGCCACGGGCAGCUGCCUUAUUGGACGUUUCUCCGCUCUCUGACGUGACGAGAAUUAUUGAUGAGCAGACCUUUGUGAGACCUAUAUAUGCAGGAAAUGCAAUGUCUACUGUACGAUAUGUAGGGUCUGGACCCUGCAUUUUUUCGAUUCGACCAACGUCGUUUGCUGUGUCAAGUGCAUUGCCACGUGAAGCAGAAGCCCCCAUAUCAGCUUUAGACACAUCAGGUUUAAAUGCAGUUUGUCAAUGUGUUUCAGAGAUUAUUGAGCGAUCGGAGUGGCUUGGACAGCAAGUUCAGGAAUCUGAACGACCUGAACUGGGAAGUGCUAGAGUUGUUGUCUCUGGAGGGAGAGGCCUGAAAAGCAAGGAGAACUUUGAAAUGCUGGAGAAGCUCGCAGAUAAACUUGGUGGUGCUGUUGGGGCUUCAAGAGCAGCAGUGGAUGGAGGAUACGUGCCUAAUGACAUGCAGGUUGGUCAAACUGGAAAAAUAGUCGCACCAGAGUUGUAUAUUGCGAUAGGAAUAUCUGGGGCAAUCCAACAUUUAGCAGGCAUGAAGGACUCCAAAGUCAUCGUCGCUAUAAACAAGGAUCCGGAUUCCGCCAUCUUUCAGGUGGCCGAUUAUGGACUGGCAGCUGAUCUGUUCGAUGCCGUUCCUGAGCUCGUUGAAAAACUUCCCGAGAAACAGAAAUUCGCAUAGUGAUGGAAUCUCGUCUGUAGAGCAGAACUGGCAUUUUGCGUCCUCACAAACAAAUGUAUAAUUGACGCUGUAUGUACUGUACAAAAUAUGACGCCAUUUUCUGUCUCAA